CACACAUCGAAAAUCGCGCCGAGCCGUUUUUAAAGUGACUCAAAACGUCAUUGAGUUGGAGCAGUAUCAUCAUCCCGACUGUGGUAAUGGCAGGGGGAGGGGCAGCGGGCGUCGACCUCAGCAGGAAGUUUGUGUCGGAGGCAGAGCUUGAUGAGAGGAGAAAGAAAAGACAGGAGGAGUGGGAGAAAGUCAGGAAACCUGACGACCCAGAGGAGGCCCCAGAGGAAGAGUACGACCCACGAUCCCUCUAUGAGCGACUGCAGGAGCAGAAAGACAAGAAGCAGGAGGAAUAUGAAGAGCAAUUUAAAUUCAGGAACAUGGUGAGGGGAUUGGACGAGGAUGAGUCCGGCUUCCUGGACGAGGUCUCCCGGCAACAGAGCCUAGUAGAGAAGCAACGCAGGGACGAGGAGAAUCAGGAGCUGCUGGAAUACAGAAGUGCUCUGUUGAAGCAAGCGUCCGCUGAAAGCCGCAGAGAGCCUGAAAAGAAGGCAGCGCCAAAACAUUCAGGAUCAGAGCAAAAAACCAGCCACCUGUCUCAGGCCCAUUUAUUGGCAGGAGCUGUCAAGAGACGCAGUUCCUCCCAGUCGUCAGACAGCAGCAAGAAACAGAAGGUGGAACUCACAACAGCAACGACAGGAAAUGGAGACAGACACACAGAACAGGAGGGAGGAGCAGGAGGAGGAGCAGGGGGAGCUGAAGAUCAACAAACAGUCCCCGGCCUGACGGCGAAGACGCCCUCGGCUCCCCUGAGCUCCGGUCAGGGCGUGUUACACCUGCCGUCAGCAGCCGUGUGCGUCGGCGUUUUACCGGGACUGUGGGUUUAUUCCGGAAGCAGCGACUCUGACAGCAGCUCGGACAGCGAAGGUAGCGUGGACGCAAUCAUGUUGCCGUACCCCCGGCACAGCAGGGCUUACAGAUAGACACACAACAGCGUACAAACACACACGCACACACAACCUCUGAAGCAUGUUUGCCUGCCUUUAGAAAGGUUUGCAAACAGUCAGGAAAGGUAACCUCACACAAGAAAUGCACACACAGACAGAUUAAAGGUCACACACACAUAUACACACACACAUCAUUGUCGGGGUACACACACAAACAGAGCCUACAGACGAGUACCUGCAGGCCAUCCAAGUUCAUAUCAUGUUAGAGUCAUACACUGGCAACACACACCAAGCAAACAUCUUCAGUAUUCCUGUUGUUUUCACAGCUGUGAGUUGAACUGUUGCUCUUUGUCUCCAGACAAAGUUCAGCCCAGUAAUUUAAUCCUGACAGUAACAUUCAAACCAAUUUAAACUCUAUUCUUAACUAAAUCUGUGUAUCUAUUUGUGGGUUAUUUUUUUUUUUUUGCUAUUGUGGCACUCAAACAUGACACCUCCACCCUUCCUUCCCUCAAUUA